AUGAAAGAUUCUCUGCUAGUAAGGCCCCCAUUCAAGUUUAUCCAUGACAUCGUGAGGGAAAUCGUCAAAUCGACCGGAUAUCUCGGAAAUGUCUUCAGUGCAGAUGAAUUGGACUACGCAAAAGCUUCGACGUCAAAGGACAGCAAAGCCAGCUUUCUGAAGAAGCUCAAGUCAAAUAUCAACACCGAUGGGUCGCUUGAUUCCGUUAGUGCUUCGAAGAUUAUUGCCGGGAAAGAGCCCGAAUUAACAAACUUGUUACUACAGAAGUUAGCUGUAAAUGCAGCGGCAGCGAAUGUUGGUAAACCCACCAAACAAUCAAAGACUUCGAAAACAAGAUCGAGCGACAGAGAUAAAUCAAAGGAGAAAAAGAAGAAGCCAGAAGAGAAAGAGGAAAGGAAAUCGAAGAAAGAAAGAGACAGGGAAGUAGAAAGGGAGAAAAGGCGGCUCUCCAAGGCAUCCGUGAUUCUGUCCGAAACCGGAGAGAAGGAGGCAAAGAGCCGCUCCAAGUCUAAGGAAAGAAGGGUUCGGGAUUCUAAGAUAAAGAAAUCGAUUCGACAUAACGACACUCCUAUAAUAGAAACGCCGUUAACUCGUGAUGAAAGUACGCCUAGAAGGGAGUCUAGUGGAGGUACGUCAAAAGGAGACGAUAGUGGUAUCGCAGAGGAAUCCGAACUUCAUGAUACAGCCAGACAAUCAAGACGUCUAUCAGCGUCUUCGACAAGAGAUGUAAUGUUUGUAGAGCAGCCAAGCCCAUCAUAUGAUAUUGUUCAGGAGCCGGCUCCGCCCUCGCCACUCAAUGAAGACACAACAUCUGAACUUAAGAGGCCGACGACUGCUUCAGGACGGCCGCAAACCGCAAUGGGUAGACCGGGCACCGCGGCUGCACGGCCGGCUCCGCCAAAAGUGAAAAAGACGAAACUUGCUGAUAUUGACCCGGUUGCUGUUAACCAACAGCCUAUCUCGUUUGAAAAGUCGACAGUAAUCGUUGAUGGCGAACCUCUAAAAGAAGACGAAGGAUUUCUGGUGGAUGAGGAGGAUACCCCUGAAGCAAUAACCACGUCGGACGGAACUAAUAUCAAGGACCUUACGACUGACUCUCAGGAUCAUGGGGCCCUCAUUAAUAGAAUCAUAGAGAACACCAGAGACUUGGAAAAGGAUGGACUCGAUGUCGAAGACAUGGAGUUUGACCUUCACGAAUACAAGAAGAUACGAUUGGAGGUUGAGGGAGUUCAAAAAAGUCUUCAGAACUCCGCACAGACUGUCCAGCCAUUAAGCAGAACAUUGGAAUUUAUUUCUGAAGACUUGACAUUCUUAAUCAAAGAAGUGGAAAUUAAUCGACGAACGGCGACGGAGACAAAACAACAAGCAGUAGCGUUGAAGUCAAAUAAGAAUGAAGGCGUUGGUUCGUACUAUGCUCAACUCAGGAAUAUGGACGACGAACUGAAGGAUGUCCGCUCACAAAUCUCCAAGUUUAUGGCACAAAUUAUCGAAAACGAAAAAAGACUAAACGAAUUAAUGAUUAAUAAUUAG